AUGAGCGAAUCUGAGAAACAGCAAAAUGCGGUCGUCAUAUACGACCCAAAAGGCCUUCCCGUCCCCGAAGCGACCCUCCCCACCCCCGACAAAGCAAAAUACCUCCUCGCAGAAGACAACAACGUAAACGUACGCAUCUUCGUCCGACACAUGAAUAACCUCCAUCUUCAACACACAUACCAAAUAGCAUGGAACGGUCAACAAGCCGUGGACAUAUACAAAGCACACCCAGAACAGUGCAGGGUCAUUUUUAUGGAUAUUUCGAUGCCUGUUAUGGGUGGUAUGGACGCGAGCCUCUUGAUACGGGAGUUUGAGAAGGAGAAUGGGCUGAAGCCGGCUGUUAUCGUGGGGGUAGUGGCUAGUAUGAUUGAGAGUGAGAAUCGGAGGUUUGUCGAGCAGUUUGGGAUGGAUGUUUGUUUGAGGAAGCCUGUUCGGUUUCAGAGUCUUAAAGAGAUACUGGAGGACUGGCCUGUUGAAAGGGCUUAA